CUGCUUUCUUUCCCUCCCUGAAUAAGUGAAGGCUCAAGUCGGCACAAGCCAAAUCUUAACUUUUAAGCUGCCCCACGUGCACAAGCCGAAUGAUUUCUACAUUAUUUUGGCUUAUGGUGUGAAUGAUUUGCAUGCCAUAUUGCUAGAUUUCUUUUUAAAAGUUUUGCCAUGUUUGCUGCCAGAAUGACGACAUGGUAUUGUUGUACUGUCGGCUUCUUUUUGACUCUCGGCUUGGGUCUCGUUCCAGUUGUCGUCGGCGAUGGAGAGGGACAAGAGGCAAACUUCUGCCAAUCACGUUCACAGGGUGUUUGCACAGUGACCACCAAUGCCAGCUGUUCCAUAAACAAUGAACCAGACUGUGAUGCUUGCGGCAUGAGAGGUUCACCAGGAGCUGGCCCACGACAACUUUUCAUGGACUUAGAACAAGACGCUCACUGCAAUAGCCCGCCGUACACCCUGGGAGCGCGUGGUGUCAACCUGACUAUUGUUCUGGAAAUGGCUCGUUCCAAACUCGUGUGGACCAUGUGCCGGUCGAGCGACACAAGUCCGUCGUUGGAUGUUUGUCAUGGAACGGAAUGCAGCGACAACUUCCAGAUCAAAGUGUGCUCUGCCGAUGUCCCACAGCUCACCCAAGAAUGUUUUGAUGAUAACCCCCUGCACAUCCUGCGGUAUGGCAAGCUGGAGGACAACAAGGUGGCCCUCGAGGUUCACCUGGACUCCAUGAUGAGCUGUCGCCGUUGUCUGCUCCAGCUGUCGGAGGUCACGGGCAACAACGUGCGACGUACUGGGUGCUCCCCCCUGUCAGUGGUCUCUAUACGCAUGCUGCAGAAGGAACUGCAAAGUCAAGACGACAAACCCUGGUCCGUCUUUGAGAACAUCGCCGACACUGCUGGGACAGAUCACGGGGAAGAAAUGCGUCAGCUCUCACAAGAACUUUAUGACGUCACUCCCAGGCCGUCAGCUGUCGGUUUGGUCAAUGGCAACCUCUCUAUUGAGUCACCCACUGUGUCCUCUGUCAAUGGCAACCUCUCUAUUGAGUCACCCACUGUGUCUUCUGUCAGUGGUAACCUCUCUAUUGAGUCACCCACUGUGUCUUCUGUCAGUGGUAACCUCUCUAUUGAGUCACCCACUGUGUCUUCUGUCAGUGGCAACCUCUCUAUUGAGUCACCCACUGUGUCUUCUGUCAGUGGUAACCUCUCUAUUGAGUCACCCACUGUGUCCUCUGUCAGUGGCAACCUCUCGAUUGAGUCACCCACUGUGUCUUCCGUCAGUGGAAACCUCACUUCCAAGCCGGCCACCGUCGGUUCAGUUAGUGGCGACUCUACUAAAGAUGAGGCGGGCACUCUUAGGAUGGACAACGGUCAGCAAACAAGGUCACCGCAUACGGGGAGAGGAAGAGCCGAAGCAGGAAAUAUCGACACUCUCGCUGGGCUUGCAGAUGAAAAGCAAAACGGUUUGGAGAGUAGGAACGUGUCCGAAAAGAUGGCGGCAGACCCUGUAGGAAAUCGUAGCAGCAUCAUCAGGACCGAAGAAAGCAGUACCCACAAAGACAAGGUCAACGGUACCCACAAAGACAAGGUCAACAGUACCCACAAAGACAAGGCCAACAGUACCCACAAAAACAAGGUCAACGGUACCCACAAAGACAAGGUCAACGGUACCCACAAAGACAAGGUCAUGGCCUCUGAGGCAACCACAUCUGCGGGACAUUCGGUAGAUCCGGAAAAGGCUAAAAUUUCGAGUGCCAUCGCUCUGCUCCUUGACGCGCAAUCUCAUCGUUCUAGAAGUCGUGGCGACGAGAGAAAGUCUGUGGAAGGUGAGGUCCAUCAAGAUUUGUUCUCCAAUCUGCUCAGAGAGGAAAAAGAGGAGGAGGAAGGGCAGCUAAAGACUGGAACCCAUGACUUCCGUGUCAGUGGAGAAAUUACGCAUGGGAAUCAAGAAACUCUAAACCGAAAAGAUAAAGCGAGCAUUAUGGGCAUUCCUGAAAAUAGCAGUAAUUCAGAAAUACUUGGCCUCAAUCCGGGGGAGAGGAACGGGUCAGAAACAGAAAAAAACAACCCUGUACAGGGCAAUACUUCAAAAACACCAGACCAGAACACCGGAAAUAGAAAGGAUAACGGUUCAGAAAUAAAAGGGGACAUUCUUGAAGCAAACAGGGAGUUUCCUGAAACAAGCAGGGACAUUUCAGAAAAUGGCAGUGCUUCACAAGCACUUGGCUUCGGUACUGGGAAGAUUGACGCUUCGGAGAGAAGUGAGGACACUCCAGAAAAUGACCGUAACCCCCAAACUGCCAUUGACCAUACAAACAAGAGUGACCUUUCAGAAACGACCACGGACAGUCCGCGGAAGGGCAUUGAUUCACAAACAUACUCUGACCAUACCGUAAAAAUGGAGGAGACUGAAAAAAGCACGGGCAUUCUUGAAAGUGAUGGAAACCAGCAAACAUUUACUCACCCUAAAAAUGAGAGUGACGAUUUGGACAGUACAAACGUCCCUGAAACGUAUGAUAGUCUGCAAAUAUCUCGUCAUACAGGAGAAAGUAGCGAUUCGGGAAUGAGUGAUACGUUUUUAGAAAAGGGCAAUAAUUCAGAAGGACUCAAAGUUAAAAUGACAGGGAAAAGUGAGGAUUCAGAUUCAGUUGGUAAUGUCAGAGGUCCUACCGACGACUUCUGGCUUGACGAAGGCGCAGGGAACAGCACAGAAGAAAGCUUCUUGACCCAAAAUGACACAGCCAAAAGUUCUCCUACACGGGGUGACACAGAGAGCAGAUUUCUGACACAAAAUGACACAGACAAAAGCUUUCUGAUACUGAACGAUGCUGAGAAAAGCUCUCUGACACAGAAUGCUUUAGAGAAAAAUUCUCUGACACAGAAUGCUGUAGAGAAAAAUUCUCUGACACAGAAUGACGUAGAGGACGGCUUUGCGUCACAGAAUGACACAACCAAAAACUUUCUGGCACAGAAUGACACAGACAAAAGCUUUCUGGCACAGAAUGACACACGCAGAGGUGAGUGUAGCUUAUUUUUUUCUUCUCUUUUUUCUCUUCCCAGUAGGAAAACAGUGUCUGUGGUGUAGUGGCAAGGUGCUUUGCUGUCACUGGCAGGAGACUUGAGUUCGAUUCUGCUGUGGGAAGAAUCGGGGAGUGUGACAUCUAGUUUUUCCGUUCUACUAAGCCGAAAAUUUCAAAAAUCUUUUUCAUUGCAGUUUCCUAAUCUGUGGGAUUGGUUUCAUAUUAUGUGUCAUAACGCGGUGG